AUUCCCUCCACCUCAUGCCGACGCAGAUGCAGAUGCAGCUGCAUUCAACUGAUGAUCGAGCUCCAUCUCAUUGACCCGGACGGCAGGACCUCCCAUCUGCCCACCACCAUUACUACGGCGUUGCACUCUCUCCAUUCCACUGGUUCGUGCCAAGCACAAGCGUAGUCUACACGUAUACGCGACGCCGUGGUUGGCGCGUCGACAUGGGCAGCUGCGUGAGCAAGAAGGCCGCCCGCGCCGCCGCUACCCGGGGUGGCAAGUUGGCUGCGCCGCUCCCGGUCGUGGAGAAGGAAAAGGCUCUGCCGCCGGUGGUGGAGGAGGAGGUCAAGGAGGUGGUGCUGUCCGAGACGCCUGCGCCGCGGCCGCCGAGGCCGCCGCCAGAGCCUGUGAAGAGGACUCAAGAAAAGCUGGAGGACGAGGAGGCGUCGUCCGAGGCGUGCAGCGCCGGCGAGAGCGCGUCGGUAGCGUCGAUCGCAACGGCGAAGGCUGGAGGCGAGAAAGAGGUGGAAAAGAGGGCGGUCCAUGCGCCGGGAAGGGCCAGGAGGGCGCCGCCGGAGGAGGGCAAGCCUAAGGGCGGCGCAGGUAACGGGAGGGCGAGGUCGCCGUCCCCCUCGUCGGCGCACAGGAGGCUGCUGGGCGGCCAGCAGCAGCCGCCAGCGCCGCGGUCGCGACGGGAGCAGCCCGCGGUGGUUUCCGGCUUCGGGUGCCGUAGCGGCCGGUUCUCGCCGUUCACAGCGAGGCGAGCCGCCGAGAGCGCAGUCCGGCGGAGCCACUCAGCUAGGGAGGCCGACAUGGCGCUGCCUUCCAAGCGGUCCCUCGCCGCCAGCAUCAACAUCAAUGGCCACGGCAAUGCCGCCGGCUACGGAGGAGGCAGCGGGCUCACCAGGCGCGACCCCGGCGAGCGGUCCGAGCGGCGUUCGGACUCCCCGACGGCCAAGCGCCCAUCGGCCUAUUCCAGCCCCAUCCACCGGCCAGCGAGCCCCAUGCGAAAGGCGGCGAAGGAACAGAGCACUCCCGAGCGAGCCAGGCCGCGGAACAGAGACGGGCUCGACACCGGUUGCGGCGGCGAUGAGCUGCCGGGGUUGGGCGGGGCAGGAGGAGAGCGCAAGAAGAUGGCGGUGGGCGAGGAGGGCGCGCUGGGGCAGAACCCGUCGGUGGCCAUGGAGUGCUUCAUCUUCCUCUAGAGCUCCAGCUAGCUCGUUCCCAUGUCUUGUUCAGCUUCUUUCUUUCCUCCCCUUCUCUUGUUACUUGCUCAUUAAGUUGUUGGACAUUAUCGUGUCACAUCACAGAUGGCAAGGUAGCCAUUGCCGCUCACUUGCCUCCUCCGAUCUGAAUCACGCGUGAUCUGUUCUUCUGUUCUUGCUUUUCCCUACGGCCGGCCAUCUCCGCCGGAGCUGUGUGGUGUGGUCCAGUCGUUGUGACGGCGUCACGGCGAUCGGAAUCGCAAUGCCGUCAAACUGCAAUCAAGUCCGGCGUCCAGGUAGGUGCAGGUUAGGUUGCUGGCGAAUCUGCGACGUCACUGCACUGCACAGCUAGCUCGUUGGUGCGACGUCGAAACAGAUCCAGUGCAGAGCAGGCCGCUGAGGAGUGAUGACUACACGUUCUGAUCGAUUAGACGAGGGAGAGGAUUGUACGUUGUACCACUUGCCUGCUCGGUCGCGGAGAUCUUAUCUUUGUCAUGAGCUGUCGAUGUUGUUUAAUUUGGGGGGUUCCCUAUGUGUGUAGUGGAAGAUUGAACCUAAUCAUAUCCUGAGGAAUCUGACAGUAAAUUUCGUAACUUGAGCUGCUGCAG